AUGCGAUCGCGGCGCGUGCGCCUGGCGCUGGCGUGCCUGUUGGUUUUGCUCGUCGCGGGCAUGCCGGCAGUGACAGGACGCGUCAGUAUUUUGGACUUUGGGGCUGUGCCAAACAGCAACAACUUUUAUGUGGCCACGCGCAAUGCCGCGGCGCUGAUGGCAGCCGCUCAGAACGCGUCCCAGCUGCCGUUGGGGGCUGAUCGCACCGUCUAUGUGCCCCCUGCCACCUUUUACAUGGCGCCGAGCAGCUAUACCGGCUUGCACGACCUGACCUUUGAGAUCGAUGGCGAGUUGAUAGCUCCCUUGAACAUGUCCCUGUGGCCCACGGAUGAUCACAACAACUCACUGCCGAUUUUCCAGUUUACCAACUGCAGCCGCUUGCUCUUAACCGGCAGCGGCGUAGUGGACGGGCAGGGUUACGACUGGUGGUGGCUCAUCAUUCUCAACAUUAUUCACACCCGCCCACACAUGCUUUGCAUGGACCUGUGCCAAGACGUGGAGAUUGCCAACCUCCGCUUCAAGAAUAGCGCCCAAUUCCACCUGCGCCUGCACGACAUUCACAACUUUACCAUUCACGGCAUUUCCAUUGAGGUGGACGUUGAAGCGCAGCGCGAGCUAUUGGCCAAUCAUGGGCUUCUCACCACCGAGGCGCAUGCACCCCUGCCCAUUGGCAUCCCCACCUUUCCCCUCAACACUGAUGGCAUCGAUCCCGCGGGAACCAAAGUCCACAUUUACAACGUGACCAUCCAAAACUUUGAUGAUGCCGUCGCCAUCAAGCCCGCCAGUUCCAAGUUUGUGCUCAGCAACUGCUCUCGAGAUUACCUGGUCGAAAACUCGACCGUGCGCUUUGGCGUCGGCAUGACCAUCGGCUCGGUGCCGCCCAACCUUGGGAUUAAUUGCGUGGAAAACGUUCUCUUUCGAAACAUCCGCUUUGAAGCUCCCAUCAAAGGUGUUUACAUCAAGACCAACCCUGGCGAAGAUGGCUAUGGUGUCAUUCGGAAUGUAACCUACCGCAACCUGACCAUGGAAAACCCGCUGUGGUGGUCCAUCUACAUUGGGCCCCAGCAGCAAAAGCAACCUGAUGGUCAUGGCCCUGGCUGCAUGAUCUACCCGCUCAACCCAGACUGUCCCACCAACCCACGCAUCACCAUCUCAGACAUCACGCUGGAGGACAUCAACGCCACCAACGCCCUUCUUUCCCCCGGCAUCCUUCGCUGCAAUGCCUCAAACCCCUGCACAAACAUGGUUUUUCGAAACGUGCAUGUUCAGGGAGGCUCUUGGCCGACCAGCUCCUUUAUCUGCGAAAACUUUGAUGGCACCUUUGACGACGUGAGCCCCCUGCCCAACUGUUCUCAGACGCCUGCGCAACAUGUGCAGCAUCCACAGCAGGUGGCGCUGCAGGGCAAUGUCUGGCCUGCGCCUGUCAUGUCACAAGAUAAGGACAUUCUUGCCGACUAG